AUGGAAAUAAGAGAGCUGAAAAAACUGAAGAAGGCUGUGGAGCUUAGAGACAUCGAUAAAAUGAUCUCGCUUGCGAAAAAAAUAUCGCCAGAAUGUUCUGGAGAUGCAGAAAAGAUCCUGUCGGAAUUCUAUAGACAUGAGGUGUCGGUGGCCAAUGCCGUUAUUGAGUUAGUUGCGUACUCAAAGGUAUAUAAACAUAAGAUAAAACCACCGCUGAAAGGCUGCUUUUGCUUUGUGAUCUCAAAUCCAAGAGAAGACUCUUCUCCCCAGUAA